AUGCAAGAUAAUCGUGAAUUCUAAGAUUCUAUGGAUUUAUAAUCAUGUAACUCUAUUUCUUAUUUCAUGAAGUUACUCCUAAAUUAAGUGAUUCUUUUAGACCUUAACAAAUUUAAGCUGAUUUUUCUGAUGGUCCACUUAAAAUUAAAACUGGAUCUGAUGCAUCUGUUAAAUUCCCAUCUAAUGAAAUAUAACAAUUACAACAUCUAUCUCCUAAUCCUCAUGCGAGUAUUCAUAUUAAAAAAGUACUUUUUAUUUUUAUAUCUCAAGCUCAAUAUAAAUAGUGAAUGGAUCAAAAAAGAAACUUUUGACAUUCAAAAAUUUAAAAAAAAUACUCUUUUAUAAAAAGUGUUCUAUAAAGAAGCUUUAAUUAGAAAAUUUAUUGAUAAAUUAAAAAAGUAAGCCUAUAUAUUACCAAAAAUAUUGCCUAUCAAAAUGAAAAACUUUCUUACUGAAAAUUAUGUUGAAAAUAAAAGAAUUAUUAAUUAUUAGCAUAAAAAUAUAACACCUAAAACUUAAAAAAAAUAAACUUUAUCAACUCUUAAUCCUACUGGAUAGAUGAUGUUAUUUUGGAACUUAUUUAGAGCCUUAUAAUUAUUAUUUUUAAUGUGGUGGCUUCCUUUUAAAAUUGCAUUUAAACCCAAUUACUCUUUUGAAUUAAUUGAAACGAUUUUAAUUUAUGUUUUUGUUUUAGAUGUUAUACUUAAAUUAAAUCAAGGUUAUAUUAAGGAAGGAGAAUUUAUAAUGAACAGAACUGAAAUCAUAAAAUAUUAUAUUAAAAAUGAAUUAAUUGAGGAUACUUGUUAUUUCAUUUCUUAAAUGUUUAUUAUUUAUUAAAUUUUGGUUGAAAUUUCUAUAGUUUUUGAACUUUUAGUUUUAUUUUAAUUUAUUAUGAAUUUUAUUAAAUUAAAAAGGAAAAUACUUAAAUUUGAAGAAACUUUUGCUACUAAAACUAGUUAUACAUAAUUUGGAGAUUUAAUGUAACUAAUAAUAACAGUAUUCUAUUUUGCACAUUUUAUGGCUUGUAUAUGGUAUUAUGUAGGUGUUGAAAGUUUAAAGAGUUUUGAUACUUCUUGGAUUAAUUAAAAUUAAUUUUUAUUAUCUGGAUCAGGAUCUUUUUAUUUAUAUUCAUUUUAUUGGGCUACUGCAACAAUGGUAACUGUUGGUUAUGGAGAUAUAACUGCUUAAAAUAAUCAUGAAACAUUAUGUGCCACUAUUCUUAUGAUUUUUUCAACAGGAAUGUUUGCAUUUGCUAUUAAUUAAAUUGGUGAAAUUUUUAGUACAAUUGAUGGUGAAAAAUAAAAUUACAAAAGAACAAUCUUGUUGAUCAAUGAACAUAUGCAAAAAAAUUAAGUAGAUUAAUAAGUACAAAGUAGAAUUAGAAAUUAUUUGUAAUAUUAAGAAAAAAUUAAAUUAUAGAAUUCUUAAGAAAAAUUAGAUUAAAUUUUAUAGAGACUUCCACCAAAUAUUUUGACUGAUUUAAAAACUAAUAUAUAAUCUAAAAUAAUGGAAGAAAUUUUAUUUUAUAAGAAUAAUUUCUCUAAAAAUGUUUUACCAAUUAUAUCUCAAUCUUUACAAGUAUAAUAUCUUACACCAAAAGAAAUAAUAUAUCAAUAAGAUUAGUUAGAUGAUUUUAGUCUAUAUACAGUAUGGAGAGGUGAAGUAUUAAUAAUUGAAAGUUAAUCAGGCAAAAUUUUGGCAACUUUAACCAAAGGACAAUGUUUUGGUGAAGUUGAAUUCUUAACUUAAUAACAUAGACAAUUCACAGCAAUUAGCAAAGAUUUGAGUUAAGUGUUAAAAAUAUCUAGAGAGAUGUUUCUUAAAAUAAUUAAAUAUUCAAAUGAUGAUUUUUAAUAAUUUCAUAAAUUGAAAGAUCAAUAUUUAUUUUAAAAAAUAGAUUAAAUUUCAUCAUGUUAUUGUUGUUCAAAAAAUCAUUUCAUUAUGGAUUGUUCUGCAUGUUAAUACAAACCAAAUUUAGAAGUUUUAAUAAGAAAAUAAAAAAUUUAAGAUUUAGAAUCAAAUAGAAGAAAAUUUUAAAGAGUGACAGAAAAGAAGACAUCUUGUUAAUAUCAAACAAUUUAAUCUAAUUAAGUAAUGAAAGAAGAUGAACCUUCAAGAUAAAAUUGUAAAUCUUCAGUAUAAGAUUUUAUUCAUCAUGAGAGAAAUUUUCCUAGAAAUCUUAGAAAAAAAACAAUUAAUAUAAAGAGUUUUGGUUAAUUAUUACAUGUUGAUGAAGAAAAAAUUAUAGAGCCUUCACCAUUUAUUUAAAGCAAUAUUGAUUUUUAGAUUGAGUAAUAAUAAAGCUUUAAUACUAUGUUAAGCAAUCAUUAAAUUUUAGAACUUCCCUCCUUAAAACAUAAACAUUCAUUAUCAAAUUUUUAAAUUCAAGUUCCUACAUUAAAUUAAUUAGAACAAAUAUCGUAUGAUUUUGUUAAGAUUGCAAUUUAAGAUUUUGAUAAAAUUUAAAAAUAUUAAAUAUACUUUCCUUAAAAUAAUUUUGAGGUUGUUUUAUAAGGUAUCAUAAAGUAAGUUAAAACAAAGAAAGUCUUAGUAACUGAAACAUUAGUCGAUUGGUCAAGAAAAUGA